UCCUUGAGCAUAAAAAAACACAAGGUAAACCAUUAUAAUAAUAAGCAUAAUAACUGUAAAACCUAACAGGGAACCAGGGGAAAGAACAGAAUAAAAGGUAAAAAUGAAAGGUUAAAUCAAUUGGGUGAGACCAGAAUUAACUUUAUUUAUUCCUUGUGAAAUAUUACAUUUAGUUGAACAUUACGAAUGAUUAAACAUCGUCAUCGCCAUCGAAGGAAAAGUAACAUUCAUUUGCAACGGUUUUCCCAUCUAAUUGUGCAUUUGUGUGAUUAAAGUUCAAAUUUUGCCAAUUUAUUUGUUAAGGUUUAAAGGUUGAUUUACAUUUGUAAAAGUGUCUCUUAAAGACUUGCAAUUGCCUUAAGUUUGCUUUUUACCCAAUUUUACCUUUACUUUGUGUUAACCAGUUUAUUGUAAUGGGUUGUACAACUUCAAAGACAACUCCAAUUACGCUGAGUGAUGAUGAUAUUGAAUAUUUAACUCGAAACACUAGCUACUCUGAUCAAGAGAUUCGCGAUUGGUACAAGGGUUUCCAAUCAGACUGUCCGGAUGGACGGUUAACCAAGAAAAAGUUUCUCGAAAUAUAUUCAAUGUUUUGUCCCGAUGGAUCGCCCACUCAAUUUUGUGAUCACAUUUAUCGUACAUUUGACUCAGAUGGCGAUGGUUACAUUGACUUUAAAGAGUUCCUUCUGGCUGUUGGUAUAACAACUGGUUCAAAUCCACGAGAAAAGCUUAAAUGGGCCUUUAGAAUGUACGAUAUUAACCGAGAUGGACUGAUUGAUGUGGACGAAAUGAGCAAAAUAAUCAAGUCUUUAUACCAAAUGUUGGGCUCUGAUAGUGUGGCUUUCAACGAACAGGAUAAAAAGGUUCAGUUCAUCUUUGAUACAAUGGAUUAUAAUCGAGAUGGUAAAGUUUCAUUGGAAGAGUUUAUCGACGUUUGCAACCAAGACGAUCAAUUGGCCAAGCUUUUGUGUGUCGGUACAGCAGCAACUUGAACCACUGGUUGACCGAGAUGAGGCUCAAUGGCAAGUUGAACCCAAAUGAGUCGAGAGUCUACAGAGUCUGUAAUCCCAGGGAUUCAUCAUCCUUCACUUUUCAUCUCAAUUUUCAGUCAACUUUAACAUCAUCAUAAUCAUCAUUUUUCAUAAUCGAAAUGCUUCUUAGAGAUUCAGAUUGAACUUUGUUUCGCCUUUUGUUCAGCAUCUUUACCUUGACCAUUUGAGCAACAGUUUAGUCAACCUUUCAAUGUUGAGCAAAAGAUUGAAGACUUAACAAAAUUUCAUUGAUUCAUUUUGUAUCAAAUGUAUCAUUCAGGAUGAAAAGGUUAACCACUUCAACUUAUUCACAACUUUCUCAGGAUUCCAUUUAUGUUCUUAAUCACGGAAAUACGCUAAGCGUAACCAUCAAUGUAUCAUGUUUGAAUAUAAAUAAAUGAAUUUCUUUCAAUCGUUUA